AGAUAAAAAUGAUGUCUUUUUUGUCAAUUUGAUAGGCAUGAAUGUGCACCACAUGUCUGCAAAUGGACAACUCCUUUCUCUUUUUCAGUCCUUUCGCAAGCCGAGCAUCUUCUCUAUCUCAAAGUGCAAAUCUUCCUUCAAUUGCUUAUGAAUUCAGUACAAGAUCUGUUCAAAUUUGAACCCUACAAUGAAUUUCACCAGCGUAGAGCGAAUUUGGAGGCUCACAGUCCCACUCCGUAGCUUUUCAUGCUGAACCACUGAGGAAGAUAACUUUUCAUGAUCUUUGCACUUACAGAAUGAUGAAGAGCCCACCAUAUGCAGGGAAUCCUCAACUUCAAUUGACUAAUUGCUUACAAAGUGAUGAAAGUAUCACAAUGAUCAGAGAUUCAAGAGAAGAAGAGCUUUUAACUAAGCAAGGAGGAGGCACCAAUGAUGACAGGUUCGCUGUGAGUUCGAGACUGUGGUCGGCACUGAAAAAUCCAAGAAUUGUAAGAGUCUCACGCACAUUUGGAGGAAAAGAUAGGCAUAGCAAAGUCAGGACUAUAAAAGGAUUAAGGGAUAGGCGUGUGAGGCUGUCGGUACCAGCUGCCAUUCAAUUGUAUGAUCUCCAGGAUAAGCUAGGGCUUAACCAGCCUAGCAAAGUUGUGGAUUGGCUGCUUAAUGCUGCUCAACAUGAGAUCGAUAAGCUUCCUCCACUCCAAUUGCCACCAGAAUUUUUCAUCCAAUUCUCUCAGUCCAUGGCAACCUCUCAUAAAUUGGCUCCAAAUAAAGCUCCCUCUUUUCUCCCCUUUAGAGAUGGUGCUGAGCUUGUUUAUGAUGAUAGAGCUCGCCAAUUAGCCUCUUCUUCAACUAUGGCAAAUGGAGACAUGCUUGACAAUAAUACUGGUGCAAAUGAAAUGAUGGUGCAGAAAUCCACAUUUUGGAGUUCAAAUGUUCUUAUGAAGAAUAAAGAGAAGGCAACCAUGAAAGAACCCAACAUUGACAAAGGCAGCAUGAUCAAAGGAAAUGAUGUAGGAAGUGAUGGAAUGCAGAAUAAUGCUAUGUACACCUCCUACCAUCACUGGAAUCCUCCUAAUGAACAUAUAUCCCAUUUGGGAAGCCAUUUACCUCAAGAAGAAGAGCUCCAUAAUUAUCAGCCAGGAUCGAUGUUUGCGGCAUAUAUGAAUGCCUCAACUGACUUUGCAAAGCAGUACCACCACCUUGAUAUGGCAAACUCAGCUUCAAAGUUCCUCCCAUCAACUUCUCUCAGAAAUUCAUUGCAAUUUACAGGUGAUCCAAGCUUGAAACUUCUCCAACCAAACUUCGGCUUUAAACAUCACCAUCCUCAAGACCAUCAAGAAGGCUAGAUGAUGUGCAUACAAGAAGAAACAGUGGCCAUUCGGGCGACCGCAUACUUCAACCACCUUCAUAAUAAGGAUUCUACAGGCAGUUCUGAGUUUAAUGUGCUUCUUUUAGGUCAAGCAUAUGGUUUUCUCAAGUGUUGGAAAUCGCAUGAAGUUUUCUAUUCUCUUUUGAUAUAUGGGAGUGAGAGAUAUAAUGGACAGUAAAUAAGAUUUCUUGCAAAGUGCAGUGGCAUUAAAUUUACUGUAAAGUCGACACUAUUAUUAUUUGUUAAAGAUAACUUUUUUUCGG